AUGCCUUUUUCCUUCUUUCUUCCUUAUGUCUUUUUCUUUCUUUCUUUCUUUUUCUUUCUUUCUUAUGUCUUUUUCUUCCUUAUUUUAUUUUUUCUUUCUUUCUUUUAUCUCAUUCUUUCGUAUGAUUUUUUCUUUCUUUCUUUCUUUCUUUCUUUCUUUCUUUCUUUCCUUAUAUCUUUUUCCUUUAUUCUUUCUUAUGUCUUUUUCUUUUUUUCUUUCUUUCUUUCUUAUGUCAUCUUUCUUUCUUUCCUUAUGUCUUUUUCCUACUUUCUUUCUUAUGUGUUUUCUUUCUUUCUUUCUUUCUUUCUUUUUCUUUCUUUCUUAUGUCUUUUUCUUUUUUACUUUCUUUUUUCUUUCUUUCUUAUAACUCUUUCUUUUUUCUCUUUUCUUUCUUUCUUUCUUAUGUUUUCUUUCUUUCUUUCUUUCUUUCUUUCUUACUUUCUUAUUUUUUUUCUUUUGUCAUUUUCCUUUUCUCUAAUAUUAUUCUUUCUUUUUAAUUAUUUCUCUUCUUUCUUUUCAUCGUUAUCCUUGACCGUUUCCUUCUUUCACUCUUAUAUUUAUCUCUUUCAUUUAUCGUUAUUUUCUUCUUCUUUUUUCUAUUUUUGUUUGAUCUUUUUUCUUCUUUCCUUCUUUUUCUUUCAUUUUUUUUUAUUUCUUUUUCCUCUAUUAUUUUUUCUUUCUUUUCUCAUUUUUUUCGCAUAUAUCUUCUUACUUUCCUUUUCUUUAUAUCCCUCUCUAAUAUAUCCGCUCUUCUCUGACUGUUUCUUUCGACGACCCUUUCUUUCUCACUUUUCAAUAAUCUUCUUUCCCUUCUGUCUCGCUUUUCUCACGCUUCAUUUUCAACCCUCUAUCUUUUUUAUCCUCUCCUCUCAAUAUUCCUUUCUUUCGCCAUGUUCGUCUUCACUUUCGAUACCACAUGCGCUAACUACGAACCUACUCUUAUAUUUAAAUAUCCCCCCCAUAUUUAUUGUUCCUGUCUGUUACUCUCCCGAUCUUAAUUCCUGUUUCCCUAUCGACCUUCUCUCCAAAUUUUUGCCACACAAUCUUCCUCCUCCUCUUUCCUUUCACUUUCUCCUCCGUUAUUCCAAUCUUAUUUGUCUUUGCAAGCCUCAUUCAUUGAUAAUCCAUAAUGAUAUUCCAAAUCCUUCUCUACCGCUCACCCAUCCAACUAGUCCUCACCCCAGAAAGUAG